AUGGAUGUGGACAUGGAGAUACAGAAGACCAAAGAAGAGAGGCAAAAAAUGGAGAAGGACCUUGCUGCACUCACCUCUCUAACCUUUGAUACGGAUCUCUACAGUACCAGCAAGUUUGACGGUUAUGAUAAAUCCAUCCCUGUGAAUGAUGAUGAGGAUAAUUUUGAUGCUACUGAGAAUGAGAUUGCUAAGAAGAUGGCGUCUUUCACUGCUCCAAAACAGUUUUUUAAGGAGCCCCUCAGAACUGGGGAUGAUGAUGAGAUUUCAGGAUUUAAACAACCUGGUAAGAUUAUCGAUCGUGAGGAUGAUUAUAGGAGGAGGAGGUUGAACAGGAUUAUAUCCCCGGAGAGAAAUGAUCCAUUCUUGGAUAAGACUCCAGGGCCUGAAGUGAGAACUUACGCUGAUGUGAUGAGGGAAGAAGCAUUAAAGCGGAAGGAGGAGGAGGUGAAGAGGGAGAUAGCAAAGAAGAAGGAAGAGGAGGCGGCGGCGAAGGAUAAGGAAAAAGAGAAAGAGGCAGAGAAGCCAAAGAAGAGGAAUAGGUGGGAUGUGUCGCAGGAUGAGAGUGGUGGUGCGAAGAAAACGAAGGUAGGGUCAGAUUGGGACUUGCCUGACUCAACCCCAGGAAUUGGGAGGUGGGAUGCAACUCCAACGCCUGGGAGGAUUGGAGAUGCAACGCCAUCGAUUUCAAGAAAAAAUAGGUGGGAUGAGACUCCUACUCCAGGACGAUUGAAUGAUUCAGAUGCAACCCCGGCUGCUGGUGGGGCUACACCAGGAGCAACCCCAGCGGGAAUGACUUGGGAUGCCACACCAAAGUUGGCGGGUUUAGCAACUCCAACACCCAAAAGGCAGAGGUCGAGGUGGGAUGAGACACCAGCUACUGUGGGCAGUGCGACACCAAUGGGAGGCGCUACACCUGCUGCUGCCUAUACCCCAGGCGUUACUCCUGUUGGCGCUAUGGAUAUUGCUACCCCAACCCCGAAUGCUAUUAUGCGUAAUGCUGCGAUGACUCCUGAGCAGUACAAUUUGUUGAGGUGGGAGAAGGAUAUCGAGGAAAGAAACAGGCCAUUAACUGACGAGGAGCUUGACGCAAUGUUUCCACAGGAGGGGUAUAAGGUUUUGGAACCCCCUCCUUCAUACGUUCCAAUCAGAACGCCUGCCCGGAAGCUACUUGCUACACCGACACCGAUGUCAACUCCACUGUAUUCUAUUCCAGAAGAAAAUCGGGGUCAACAGUUUGAUGUGCCAAAAGAGUUGCCUGGUGGUUUGCCAUUCAUGAAACCUGAGGAUUAUCAGUACUUUGGUUCACUUCUGAAUGAAGAUGAUGAAGAGGAGUUGUCUCCUGAGGAGCAAAAAGAGCGGAAGAUCAUGAAGCUCUUGCUAAAGGUUAAAAACGGUACGCCUCCACAGAGAAAAACUGCUUUGAGACAGCUCACAGAUAAGGCAAGAGAGUUUGGUGCUGGUCCGCUCUUCAACCGUAUUCUGCCACUGCUCAUGCAGCCCACACUUGAAGACCAGGAGAGACAUUUGUUGGUGAAAGUUAUUGACAGGGUGCUCUAUAAGUUGGAUGAGUUGGUUCGGCCAUAUGUUCAUAAAAUUUUGGUGGUUAUAGAGCCUCUGUUGAUUGAUGAAGAUUAUUAUGCUCGUGUGGAAGGUAGAGAAAUUAUCUCCAAUCUCAGCAAGGCAGCUGGUUUGGCCACUAUGAUUGCUGCAAUGCGUCCAGACAUUGAUAACAUUGAUGAGUAUGUGAGGAACACCACUGCUAGAGCUUUUAGUGUUGUUGCCUCUGCACUUGGUAUUCCUGCAUUGCUGCCGUUCUUGAAAGCUGUUUGUCAAAGCAAAAAAUCUUGGCAAGCUCGUCACACGGGAAUCAAGAUUGUGCAGCAGAUUGCAAUAUUAAUUGGAUGCGCUGUUCUUCCACACUUGAGGUCAUUGGUUGAGAUCAUCGAACAUGGUCUUAAUGAUGAAAAUCAGAAGGUCAGAACAAUCACAGCUCUGUCAUUGGCUGCCCUUGCUGAGGCAUCUGCGCCAUAUGGCAUUGAAAGCUUUGACUCAGUAUUGAAACCACUGUGGAAGGGUAUAAGGUCACACCGGGGGAAAGUCUUGGCAGCCUUCCUGAAGGCUAUUGGAUUUAUUAUACCACUUAUGGAUGCCAUAUAUGCCAGCUACUAUACCAAGGAAGUUAUGAUUAUUCUGAUUCGUGAGUUCCAGUCACCAGAUGAAGAAAUGAAGAAAAUUGUGCUGAAAGUGGUAAAGCAGUGUGUGAGUACUGAAGGUGUGGAGGCAGAUUAUAUCAGAAAUGACAUUCUUCCUGAGUUCUUUCGUAAUUUCUGGGUAAGGAGGAUGGCUUUGGAUAGGAGAAAUUACAGGCAGCUUGUUGAGACUACAGUGGAGAUAGCAAACAAAGUUGGUGUUGCUGAUAUAGUUGGAAGAAUCGUUGAAGACUUAAAAGAUGAAAGUGAGCCAUAUAGAAGGAUGGUCAUGGAGACGAUUGAGAAAGUGGUUGCAAACUUGGGGGCAUCUGAUAUUGAUGCUCGCUUGGAAGAGCUAUUAAUUGAUGGAAUUCUCUACGCAUUCCAAGAGCAGACAAGUGAUGAUGCUAAUGUUAUGCUAAAUGGGUUUGGUGCAGUUGUGAAUUCCCUUGGACAGAGAGUGAAGCCAUACCUUCCCCAGAUAUGUGGUACCAUAAAAUGGCGGCUCAACAAUAAGAGUGCAAAAGUGAGACAGCAAGCAGCAGAUCUAAUAUCUAGAAUUGCUGUGGUUAUGAAGCAAUGUGGAGAAGAACAAUUGAUGGGCCAUCUUGGUGUUGUAUUAUACGAGUAUUUGGGAGAGGAGUAUCCUGAAGUUCUGGGCUCAAUAUUGGGUGCUCUCAAGGCCAUAGUCAAUGUUAUCGGUAUGACCAAAAUGACUCCUCCAAUCAAGGAUCUGCUUCCUCGGCUGACUCCGAUCUUGAAGAAUCGCCAUGAGAAAGUCCAGGAGAAUUGUAUCGAUCUUGUUGGAAGAAUUGCUGACCGUGGGGCUGAGUUUGUACCUGCAAGGGAGUGGAUGAGAAUAUGUUUUGAGCUUCUCGAGAUGCUCAAAGCACAUAAGAAGGGUAUUCGUAGAGCAACUGUGAAUACUUUUGGUUAUAUUGCAAAAGCUAUUGGACCACAGGACGUCCUUGCAACUUUGUUAAAUAACCUCAAGGUGCAGGAACGGCAGAACCGUGUGUGCACGACUGUGGCCAUUGCAAUUGUUGCAGAAACCUGUUCGCCUUUUACAGUUUUGCCUGCAUUGAUGAAUGAGUACCGUGUGCCAGAGCUUAAUGUUCAGAAUGGUGUUCUGAAGUCGCUUUCCUUCCUUUUCGAGUACAUUGGCGAGAUGGGGAAGGACUACAUCUAUGCGGUGACUCCAUUACUUGAGGAUGCUCUCAUGGACCGAGAUUUGGUUCACAGGCAAACUGCAGCUUCAGCAGUCAAGCAUAUGGCCUUGGGAGUUGCUGGUCUAGGAUGUGAAGAUGCUUUGGUCCACCUGCUGAACUAUGUCUGGCCAAACAUUUUCGAGACAUCCCCACAUGUUAUUAAUGCUGUAAUGGAAGCAGUUGAAGGAAUGAGGGUUGCACUAGGAGCUUCUGUUAUUCUGAACUAUUGUCUUCAGGGACUGUUCCAUCCAGCGAGAAAGGUCAGGGAAGUGUAUUGGAAGAUCUACAAUUCGCUCUACAUCGGUGCUCAGGAUGCACUUGUGUCUGCUUAUCCCAUCCUGGAGGAUGAAGGAAGUAAUACAUUCAGAAGACCUGAAUUGCAUAUGUUUGUCUGA